CCCUAGUAAACCCCUGCCGUUGUCCAGGUGAGCCAACUCUCCCUUCCAAUUUCAGAACGCAGAGAUGGAUUCCGAUGGCUUGGCGGCGACAGACCCGACAGAAAUCAAGGUAGGCGAGCUGUUAAAGGAGGUCGUGCUCGACCAUUUCCCUGCCUUCUCCAAGCUCGUCGAUGACACUGUUUCUGCCAUCAAACGCGCCAUAGCUAAAAUCCCCGACGACCUCAAGGUUACUGCAGAUGAGGCUCCGGGAUUUGUGAGAGAUAUUGGUGCUGACAAAGUAGAGUUCAAAUUUAAGAAACCGAAGUAUAUUGAAAUUGGUGGCAGCUAUUCGAUACAAUGUGUUACGAAGCCUGAGUUGAAUGUUGAUCUCUUUGUUCGGUUGCCUAAGGAGUGUUUCCUGGAAAAAGAUUAUUUGAAUUACCGAUACCAUGCCAAGAGGUGCCUUUACCUCUGCAUAAUUAAGAAGUACAUGAAGCGUAAAUCAUCAGCUUUAAGAGUUGAAUGGUCCACCCUACAGAAUGAGGCACGAAAACCUGUUUUGCUUGUCUUUCCAGCUGAGAAGCUCGAAGUUCCUGGAUUUUUUGUGAGGAUAAUUCCUACAGCACCAUCCCUAUUUAAUAUUUCAAAGUUGAACGUGAAGCGGAACAAUGUUCGUGCUCUGAAUCAAGGGGAUGUUCUUCAACCUACUCCAAUAUAUAAUAGCAGUAUUUUGGAAGAUAUGUUUUUGGAGGAGAAUGCAGAAUUUGUCAGGAAAACCUUUCAUGGUUUGAGGGAGUUGAGAGAGGCUUUGAUUUUGCUGAAGGUCUGGGCUCGGCGGAGAAGUUCUAUACAUGUUCAUGAUUGCUUAAAUGGAUUCCUAAUCUCCAUCAUUUUGGCAUACCUUGCGACUCAUGAUAAAAUUAAUAAUUCUCUCAAGGCAGUUCAGAUAGUUCGCAUUACAUUGGAUUUCUUAGCAACUUCAAAGUUAUGGAGCCGAGGGCUUUACUUUAAAGAGCAAGGGCAGGACUGCUUUCCAAAGGAGGAAAGGAUGCAAUACAAGGAAAUAUUUCCGGUUGUGAUCUGUGAUUCAUCCUCACAUGUCAAUUUGGCUUAUCGAAUGACUAGUGCUGGUUUCAUUGAGCUCCAAGACGAGGCUCAUUUGGCUCUUAAGUGCAUUCAGAAAUGUAUAGAUGGAGGAUUUGAUGAACUCUUUAUGACAAAGGUCGACUUUCCUGCUAAAUAUGACUACUGCAUAAGAUUGAAGUUGCAAGGGAAUAGUGAGGUAUAUGCUUCAGGAUUUUGCUUGGAUGACGAAUGCUGGAGAUUGUAUGAGCGGAAAGUAUAUAGCCUUCUCCGUCAAGGGCUGACUGAUAGAGUAAAUUUCAUACGUGUCGUGUGGAGAAACACUGCUUCAGGAUGUGGUAUUGAAAAUGGGUUGUCCACACUAGAUAGAGAGCAAUUGCUUAUUGGAAUUUCAGUGAGCUCUGUAGAGAAAGCUUUUAGAGUUGUUGAUGUUGGCCCAAAUGCUGAAAAUAAGGACGAGGCACUGAAAUUCCGGAAGUUUUGGGGUGAAAAAGCUGAGCUUCGAAGAUUUAAAGAUGGUACAAUUGCAGAAAGCACAGUUUGGGAAACUGAGCAGUGGACCAGACAUCUCAUUUUAACCAGAAUUGUUGAAUGCAUACUUCAACGCCAUCUUUCACUACCAAAAGAAAGAAUUGUGCAAAUGACCGAUCAACUUGACUUCUCUUUACUUAAUGGCGUUAAAGAUUCUAUGUCACAUUCUGGAGGUUUGCUUGGGGCACUUGAAGUUCUAUCAAAGCGCCUGCGCCUCAUUGAAGAUAUUCCAUUGCGAGUUUCUAGUGUGCAGCCUUUGGAUUCUGCAUUUAGGCUUACAUCUGUCUUCCUUCCGGAACCGCAUCCCCUGGUUAAUGAAAAGGGGAACCUAACAAGGCUGCGUACACAGUGUCCGUCUUGCAUUCAACCACUUGAAGUUAUGAUUCAGUUGGAAGGAUCUGGGAACUGGCCAAUGGAUGACAUAGCAAUCAAGAAAACCAAAACAGCUUUCCUCCUUAAAAUUGGAGAGAGUCUGGAGCAUAAGUGGGGCAUGACAUGUACUGCUACCGAGGAUGAUGUUGAUGUCUUUUUCUCUGGAUAUGCAUUUCGUCUUAAAAUUUUGCAUGAGAGAGGCUUGAGCCUGUUGAAAAGGGAAGUUGGAAGCAAUCAAUUAAAGCGGGUACCAUCCACAGACAAGAAACUUUUCAUUAGCGGUCAACACUCCAACAUGAUCAACGGACUACAGGGCCAGUAUCCAAUAUACGGGCAUGUUGUUAGGUUAGCAAAAAGAUGGGUUGCUUCACAUCUAUUUUCGGCAUGCUUGGUUGAGGAGGCAGUUGAAUUGUUGGUUGCAUAUCUCUUUCUGAAGCCUUUACCAUUUAAUGCUCCUUUCUCACGGAUCACUGGAUUUUUAAGGUUCCUGCGUCUACUAGCAGAUUAUGAUUGGACCUUUUCUGCUAUGGUGGUUGACAUAAAUAAUGAUUUGACCCUAUAUGAUAAGAAAGAAAUCAAUGACAACUUUGCGUUAAGUAGAAAAGUCUAUGAAGAAAAUCCACAAAAUGUGAACCCAGCAAUGUUCUUGGCUACAGCCUAUGACAAGGAAUCAGAAGCUUGGACCAGAUGCGCGCCAAACUCACUGGAUCUGAGAAGAUUAGUUGCAUAUGCUCGAAGCAGUGCGGAUUUGUUGACCAAACUCGUAUUGCAGGAUCAGACUGAUUCUUACAGGUGGGAGUGUCUUUUCCGAACUCCUUUAAACAACUAUGAUGCGGUGGUUCUUCUCCACAGGGACAGAUUGCCUUACCCCAAACGUUUACUCUUCCCAUCUGAAUUAAACCAGGGGAAGAUGUUGGCUAGAGGGAAUGUUUGCAAGAAUUUCCACCCAUUCAUUUUGGCUCAAGAUUUGAAGGGGAGCUACAAGGAACUACAAAACCAGCUAUUGGUGAACUUUGACCCACUGAGAUGCUUUAUUGGGGAUCUAGAGAAAGAGUUCCCGAACACAUUUAAACUGUGGUAUGAUUUUCUGGGAGGUGAUGCUAUUGGCCUAACUUGGGAGAAACCUCAUUCAAAGAAACGGGAACGAGAGGAGACAACAGAGGAUAACAAGAAUCCAGUUGAGGCCUUAAAAGCUGUUGGUCGGAUAGGGAAAGGCUUUGUGAGGAGCGUGUAUUUUCUCAAGGCGCCAAGGCUCUCAUAGCGUAGAUGCUGGUGAAUCAGAAAGAUGUUCUUUCUAAUUCUAAUGUAAUAGUAGAUACAUUAGUCACCCCUUUUUGUACAAUGUGAGCCCACAAUUUUGAGGAGUGUAGUGAUAACUUUGUUAGAAAAGAGAGACAUGUACAAAUAAUGCCUGCCAAUUUGUGAAAACAUACCUAGUUUUUUGAAUAUUAUUCAUGCUAGUAAUAUGCAGAAACAGUUGAAUGCCUCUCUAGUUCCUUGUACGUUUAUUUUA